CUUUUUUUUUUGAGUCAAAAAAAUAUAAACAGUUACCUCCCAUUUUGGUUUGAUGUUGCAAUUGCUGUAUGCUAGCUGCAGUUAUAUAUGUUCUUUAGCGUUUCCUUAUUCUAGUUUGAUGUUCAGAUCUCGCAAUAAAGCUUGUUUUUUUUUUUUUUUUUUAAACUUAAAAUUCCCAUAUCCUAUUGUUGGCUUAGAACAAGAAGCAAACAGAGAAUGUGAUUCUGUUUUUUUUUUCCCUUUCGAAUUCUCAAAUGUAUUUUAUGAAGUAUUGAUUGAAGAUGGUCUUGCUAUACGAAUGAUAUUAGUGGAUAUUAAGCUAUGUUACAUGGAUUCCUUUACUGCUACAUAUCCAGUGGGGGUGUGUCAAAGUAUCCAGUAUGCGUAUGUCAAGUGUUUUUUUUCCCUAUUAAUUUUUCGUGUAUUUUAAAGAAUCUGCACGAAAUAUCCACGUUGUUGUCGUACCCAUUCUAUUUCAAUAUAGGUAUAUCAGUGCAAAUUAAUUAUCCAUCCAUAUAACAUAGAUAUUAAUAGGAGAUGGUUGGCGGAUUUCAACUAGAAUAAACUUUUAUUUCUUAUUUUUUUAUUUGACAAUGUGAAUAGCCCUUCUGUCCGUAUAUUUUUUAUGAAGUGUUGAUAGAAAGUUCUGUUGCUCUAAUAAUGAUAUUAGUGGAUAUUAAGCUAUGUUACAUUUAUUCAUUUACUGCUACAUAUCCAUUAGGGAUGUGUCGAAGUGUCCACAAUAGGUCUGUCAAUCGUUUUUUUUUUUUUUACCUAUUGAUUUUUCGUAUAUUUUGAAGAAUCUGCACGAAAUGCCGUUAUAUGGGUAUGUCAAGGCAAACUGAUGAUCCGUCCAUAUAAACAUAGAUAUUAAUAGGAGAUGGUUGACUGAUAUCAGCUAGAAUGCACCUUUGUUUCUUAUAUAUAUUGAUAUGGCAAUGUGAAUAGCCAUUUGUCCAGGUAGUUUGGGAAUUCGGUGCUUCAUAUUAUUGUUUAUUUUCUAUGGUUUCUCGGUGAUUAUUUUUAUUUGAUUAUUUUUAUAAGUGAUCCUUUCGUUCGUAUGUUGCUUUGACAGUGUGAAUAGCAGUUUUGUCAGUUUUACCCAUAUAAUUUGGAGAUUCCUUACUUCAUAAUAUUGCUUAUUUUCUACAGCCUAUUGGUGAUUAUUGUGAUAUGAUGCCUCCUAAGGGAAGAGAGCAUUGUCAAGGUUUACCUCCUGACGUCCUUAGCGACCUUCCUGAUUAUUUUAUCGAUGACAUUCUGAUGCGUUUGCCUUGUAAAGAUGCUGUGAGGACAAGCGUCUUAUCAAGGAAAUGGAGGUAUCAUUGGUGUAGACUUGCAAAGUUUAAGCUUGAUGAAUCUCUUUGGAAAACACAAAAGGAUAAAUUUUACCCUAGUGUUAAAUUUAGAAAGAUUGUCUACCAGCUUUUGACCCAUCAUAAAGGACCCAUUAUUAAGUUUAAGCUCGACAUUGCUUAUCUGGAAAGAUGUCCUGAGAUCGACAACUUCAUAUAUUUCCUGUCUAGGAAAGACAUUCAACAUCUUGUUCUUCACCUUUCACGGCAUGAGCUAUACAAAUUGCCUUCUUCACUUUUCAUAUGUUCGCAGCUGAGGCAUCUAAAUCUCCAUAAUUGCUCAAUACAUCAUCCAUCGACCUUUCAAGGAUUUGAUAAGUUAAUUAGCCUGGAACUAUGUAAAGUCACAAUUUCUUCUGAAUUGCUAGAAAGUUUAAUAUCUCAUUGCCCAUUGCUUGAGCAGUUGGUGCUGAAAAUCUCGAAAACUAUAAACGUAAUUAAAAUUAAUGCCCGGAUGCUGAGAUCCUUUGAUUUCACAGGAAGUAUAAGUUCUAUUUGUUUAAAGAAUGUCCCUCUUCUGGCUAAAGUAUCUCUGAUAUAUGAGAGGUCUUCUAUGGAGGCAGAGAAUUUUGAUUAUGCAAAGUUUUUCGAGUCUUGUUCUGCACUCGAGCACCUCCUCUUGAACUUCGGUUAUGGCGAGUUCUUUGCAGAUGAAGCACCAACAAGGCUUCCCUUUUAUCUUGACCGUGUCAAACAUUUUCACCUGUCUCAUAUUCAGCUGAAGGAAUCAUAUAAGCUCUCAUGUGCUCUCUGCUUGAUAAGAAGCUUCCCAUAUUUAGAAUAUCUCAAAAUCGAGGUGUGGGUUUACAAUGAAGGAGAUAGUGGUAUUCAAGAAUCCCUUGAACUUGAUCGUUUCUCAGAUGUCACAUUUAAUCACCUCAGGGAAGUGAUGCUAGAAAGCUUUGGAGGAACAACACCUGAGAUGCAGCUUAUCAAGAUUUUGUUAGCCAAGUCCCCAGUGUUGGUGAAAAUGCAAAUCGUUCCAGCAUUUCAAAUUGACUUAAUUGACGCAAGAUCAGAAACACUCACUGAGCUAUUAAAAUUUCACCAUGCAUCACCUAAAGCAGAAAUAGACUACGUAUCUUAUUGAAGUUAAAACUGAACAGGUAGAAACAAAUGUUGAUGUAGUAGUAUAACACUGUGUUUUGCCUUGUCGUAGUAAGAAAAAGAAACUUGAAUAUCUGUUUGGGAACACGAAUAUUUCUGGAAGGAUGUUUUGAUUAGUUUGUUCUAUAAUAAGAUUGUCAUUACAUGUUCAAGGAUUUUCUACAUUUAGUGCCAAUGUAUUUAUGGAAUGUUAUGUACACAUGAAUUGAUACUGUUGUGGUUUAUGUCAAUAUUAUGUUGUGGGUC